AUGAGCGGAUUCGAGUGCCGAACACUUGAGCUGGUCAGAGAUGCGACAGUCGUCGAGUGGUGCGGUUCUGGACUGAAGGUGCAGUGGGCACCUGCGGGCCGAGUGGAGCCCCGGAAUACGGGCGCUGGAGCGACUGGGCAGGGCGUGUGGGCGGCUGUCACGUGGAAUCAGAUAGCCGACCAACGCCAGACGGCGUCUAGAGGCAACCCGGAUGAUAUGGUGAUGCGACAACGGAUGACGAUGCUCAAAACUGAUGUGCUCACUUACGCGACCGAAGUUGAUGGCUAG